GAACUCAUCACUUGCACAUUAACCCAGACAUAUAAAUCCUGCAAAGUCCGAGAUAGUAGACUAUCAUCCACUUGUCUCUGGUCCCCCACCAUCGAUACAGCCGUCAGUGUCGGCGUUGGACUUCUCCUUGACUUCUCCUCGUGUACGAUCUCAUCCGUCCACUACGCCACAUCCUCCUCCAAGUGCCCUCAUCCUCCCAAGUUCACGGUUGCCUAUUUGUUCAAUCGAUCAUGUCACUCGAGAGCGCAGGGUCACUUCUGAAAGAGAUACUCACUAAUAAGAUAAUCUCGAGAUGGCCUCACAUCUACCCUCAGGGAGGGAAGAUCUGGCAGGGGCCAAUAGUUGCGCCACCCGUUGCGGAGCCUAACUUCCACAAGGACACGAUGUUAAAUCCUGCCUGGAUCAAUAAGAAUCGCUACUUGGGACUCGAGAAACAUGCAUCUGGUCAGAAAGCCAUGGAUCAUAUCAUGACGGGGAAAUGGAGUCUUUAUUCUUCUCCUGCCAAACGAUCGCAGACGAUCUUCGGCACCCCGGAUAGUACCUAUAGCUCACUGCCCGAUACCGAUUCCCAAUCCUCGAUAUUUUCGCGAUCGAUCUCCCGUUCCUCCUGCACCUCGAUUGACAGCGACAUGGAUCUGGAAACGAAAGUCGAGUUUGACCAUGUAAAGGAGCUGUUUGAAAGGGGAAAGGAGAUGGAGAUGGGAUGGAAGACGCACCGCACGGAUUUCAGUCUGUUCCAGGAUGACUAUGACAUUUCAUCCCUGCAACCGGGAGAUAUGACCCGAACAGGACCAUAUACCCAGAAGUUCAAGCACCUCAGAACGAUUGUGCAGCCUCCGAUGUCUCUCGAUAUGUCUAGCAUUGAACAGUACGUGGAGAUGGAGAAGUGCCAUCACCUUGCCUACGAAAUCGUGGGGGAUGAUGAUGCUACAGAGGGCACGCAACUUGGUCGCCGGGAUCAUGACUUCGACGAGGUAGUUUUUGAAUCGGAAUUCGAGGAGGUCUGGAUUGGAAUGGAGGGUGACAGCGAUCAAGCAGGUGUUGAUAGCAACGAUGAAGACCAGAGUGCACAGAAGCCCUACAGGGAUAUGGCAAUCCGAACACCAGCAUACUCGGAGGUCACAACUCUCGAAUAUCCUUUGGAGGUGGUAAUGGAGAUCAGGAGUAUCAUGUCAUAUAGUCGACGGUGACUCGGUAUCGGGCAACCCGCCAAAGUCGGGUCGCGGGAGACUAUGGACUCCAAUAACGCAUUUAAUGAAGACGACUCUCGAAUCCAUCUGUCCUGUAUUAUUCAUAUUUUAGUGGCUUUUAAGGUUCUGGACACAUUUGUACGCUUGCUUGUCGAUACGUCGCAGGACGCUGUAUAUGACCUUCACACAAACACGUACCUAGAGCUAUAAGCAAGUGGAAGAGAGGCUAAAGCCUUCUAUGUCUAUCACAGCUCAAACCGUCAAGUUGAUUAUGAAAUUACUUAAACGUACAGUACUUGUGUUCAAGGCAGCCGCCAUGCAUCAUUGUUGCGAAGGAGGCACAACGGGCUUUGACUCUGCGGAUUUUGAUUCGUCGGGUUUUGGUUCUUCGGGUUUUGGUUCUUCGGGUUUUGGUAUUUCGGGUUGUGGUUCUUCGGAUAUUGACACUUCGG